AUGAGGCCUCACAGUGGGCUAUUUGCUCGUCGCUGGACUUGCAUUCAAUGCAGAGGCUGUUCUACUUCUGCUCAAGCCCGCAACUCGAAGAACAAACUACCGGACGGCCCUGCGCGCACGCGUUUCGCGCCCUCUCCUACCGGAUACCUUCAUCUUGGAUCUUUGCGGACCGCGCUGUUCAACUAUCUGCUCGCAAAGCGCACUGGCGGCCAAUUCCUCCUGCGCAUUGAGGAUACCGACCAGAAACGGACAAUUCCCGGAGCGGAGCAAAGGCUUUAUGAUGAUCUACAAUGGGCAGGGUUAAAUUGGGACGAAGGUCCUAUUGUUGGUGGUCCUCAUGGUCCUUAUAGACAAUCCGAACGAACCGCUUUAUAUCGCUCCCACGCCAAUGACCUCAUCUCCAAUGGCCAUGCGUACCGGUGUUUCUGCUCUGCGGAGCGUCUAGAUUCAAUCGCCCGACACCGCAGUCAGGCCGGUCUGCCUCCUGGAUAUGACCGUAAAUGCGCGGAUAUCUCAGCCGAGGAGUCAGAAGAUCGCGCGGCGAAUGGCGAGUCGCAUAUUGUGCGAUUAAAGGUGGAAGGAUACCCCAUGUUCAAUGAUUUGGUCUACGGCAACACAGGUCAGAACCGGCCCAACAACAAGAAGCUGGACUUUAUCGACCGUGUCUAUGAUGAUCCUGUUAUGAUCAAAUCCGACGGACAUCCCACGUAUCACUUGGCAAAUGUGGUGGAUGAUCACUGUAUGAAGAUUACCCAUGUGAUCCGAGGAACCGAAUGGAUGCCCUCUACGCCCAUGCAUAUGGCUCUAUACAAUGCCUUCAAGUGGACUCCACCGCAGUUCGGUCAUGUCCCUCUGCUCGUGGAGAAAAGUGGACAAAAGCUGAGCAAACGAAAUGCGGAUAUCGACCUCUCGUCCUUCAAAGACAAGCAAGGCGUAUUUGCAGCCAGCUUGGUGAACUUUGCUUCCCUUUUGGGCUGGUCUCAUUCUCAGAAGUCCGAUGUGUUUGACUUAAAGGAAUUGGAGCAAAUUUUCAACCUGAAAAUCACUCGAGGCAACACUGUUGUUGCUUUCGAAAAGCUUUGGUACCUUCAAAAAGCACAUGCCCAACGCUUCGCUGCAAGAGGUGGCCCUGAGUUCGACGAGAUGGUGAGCAGGGUGAGCUCCGUGGUGGAAGCAGACUACCCUCACGACAAGCUCGCAACAAUCCUCAAGGGUCGCACCCUCUCUGAGUACAUCGCGCCGCUCAUCCGCGCCGAUGCAAAAUCCUACACAGAUGCCCAGGCGUUCGUCCAACGUAACUCAACCUUCUUCACCCCCAAGCUAAACAGUGUCGCCUACGCACCAACCACACCGGCACCCUCAUCCUCAUCCUCUUCAUCCCCCCAAGUCCCAAUGCAAGCCCUCCACACAGCAGCGGCAGCCCUAACCCUCGUCCCGCCCACACACUGGAACAUCGAAACCCACCGUUUCAACAUAACCUCCUACGACGGCUCCGACAGCGUCGUGCUUCCAGAAGUUGAGUCAAGCGCCACCGAUGCACCAGCAGCGCCUGUCGCAACAGACAAGGUCUUCAAAAAAGAGUUGUACCACUACCUCCGCUGGGCAUUAUCUGCUUCAGCUCCUGGUCCAGGUAUUCCCGAGACGAUGGUCAUCCUUGGGAGGGACGAGACUGUGCGUCGUAUCCAGGAUGCGAAGGCAUCGACGCAGUCUCUUGUGCCUUUUGCUGGGAGGAGGGUGCCUAAGGGGACAUUGCCGGAGGAUAAUUCUUGGAUGGGAACUCUUGCGUCUGGGAGAUGA